UAUACGGCUGCUGGUCCCCCGGUGUCACAGAGCCUCUGGGGUCCCAGCCUCGCCAUCCUCCUGCCAUCCCACAGGCAUGCAGGGAGCCUGGGUACUGUUGCUGCUGCUGGGCCUGAGGCUACGGCUCUCCCUUGGUGUCAUCCCAGUUGAGGAGGAGGACCCAGACUUCUGGAACCGCCAGGCAGCCCAGGCCCUGGACACUGCUAAGAAAGUGCAGCCCAUCCAAACGGCUGCCAAGAACCUCAUUAUCUUCUUGGGAGACGGGAUGGGAGUGCCCACGGUGACAGCCACUCGGAUUCUAAAGGCUCAGAUGGAUGGCAAGCUGGGACCUGAGACGCCCCUGGCCAUGGACAACUUCCCCUACCUGGCUCUGUCGAAGACAUACAACGUGGACAGGCAGGUGCCCGACAGCGCAGGCACGGCCACGGCCUACCUGUGUGGGGUCAAGACCAACUAUCAGACCAUCGGUGUGAGUGCAGCCGCCCGCUACAACCAGUGCAACACGACCCGUGGCAAUGAGGUUACCUCCGUGAUGAACCGGGCCAAGAAAGCAGGGAAGUCAGUGGGGGUGGUGACCACCACCAGGGUGCAGCACGCCUCGCCCGCCGGCACGUACGCGCACACGGUGAACCGCAACUGGUACUCGGAUGCCGACAUGCCUGCCGAGGCGCUAGAGGAGGGCUGCCAGGACAUCGCCACGCAGCUCAUCUCCAACAUGGACAUUGAUGUGAUUCUGGGUGGAGGCCGCAUGUACAUGUUUCCCAAGGGGACCCCAGACCCUGAGUACCCGGAUGAUGGCAGCCAGAACGGAACCAGGGUGGACGAGAAGAACCUGGUGCAGGAGUGGCUGGACAAGCACGAGGGUGCCCAGUACGUGUGGAACCGCACGGCGCUCCAUCAGGCGUCCCAGGACCCCUCUGUAACACACCUCAUGGGCCUCUUCGAGCCAGCAGACAUGAAAUAUGAGGCCCAACGAGACCUCGCCCUGGACCCGUCCCUGACGGAGAUGACGGAGGCGGCCCUGAGCGUGCUGAGCAGGAACCCCAGUGGCUUCUACCUCUUCGUGGAGGGUGAGUGAGGGGGCCGCAUCGACCACGGUCACCAUGAGGGCAGAGCUUAUCUGGCGCUGACUGAGGCCAUCAUGUUUGAUGACGCCAUUGAGAAAGCCAGCCAGCUCACGAGCGAGACGGACACACUGACCCUUGUCACCGCUGACCACUCGCACGUCUUCUCCUUUGGUGGCUACACCCUGCGUGGGAGCCCCAUUUUAGGGCUGGCCCCCAGCAAGGCCUCCGACGGCAAGGCCUACACCUCCAUCCUUUAUGGCAAUGGCCCAGGCUUCGCGCUCAGCGGGGGCUCCCGGCCGGAUGUCAACGAGAGCGAGAGCAUGAGCGCCACGUACAGGCAGCAGGCAGCUGUGCCCCUGUCGUCGGAGACCCACGGCGGCGAGGACGUGGCGGUGUUCGCGCGCGGCCCGCAGGCGCACCUGGUGCACGGCGUGCAGGAGCAGACCUUCGUGGCGCACGUCAUGGCCUUCGCCGCCUGCCUGGAGCCCUACACGGCCUGCGACCUGUCGCCCCCCGCCACCCCCACCGACGCCGGGCUCCCUGGGCCCGCCGCUGGCCCGCCGUCGCUGCCGCUGCUGGCCGGGGCGCUGCUUCUGCUGCUGCUGUCCGCCACGCUCUGACCGUCUCACCCACCCCGGGGCCCGGGACCCCAUCGCCGGGUCUCCUGCUUCACCAGCCCGGAGUCCCAUCUCAGCUGCCAUCCCCGGAGCAUCCACCCUGGGACCGCAGGUGAAAAUGUGGCAUUCAAUGAGCCUCAGCCCGUGGCUCCUCCUCGGAGCCUAACUAAACGGCGCCCUGGAGGCUGAGGCGGCGGGUUUCUGCGACAACCAUGGUCCUCAGGGCAGCUGCUCUCCAACUUCGGCGGCGGGAGAUUUUGUGCCGCGCCACCAACCCGCAUCCCAGGAAAAAAGGGGCCUCGGACUCCCCAGUCUCCACCCUGCAGUGGGCACUACCCCAGGACCAGGCGGGCACCAUCACAGAGGCGGCUCCCAUGGGGCCACCACCCACCCAGAACACCUGCUGUGCUUUCCUUGGCUUCAGUCUUCACAGCACUUGGACCUGAGGGCACCGUGGGGGCGCAGCUCCCUGUUCCUCUGCAGCCGGCCCUGUGGGCACAUUGCUGGCCCAGGAGGCUGCUGGGACCAGGAGGGCCAGGGUGGAUGUCCAGGAGGGGGAAUUUUCCCCUUAACCUUCUUCAGUUCUUGCAGCUGAAAUUAUAAUGAAAUUAACGCAAAACAGAUGAACAGGAGGAAAAACAAUUUGUAUGCACAGGAGAGUGACCAAAAAGUAGGCAAAUUUUAUAUCUUUUUACACGAAAGAAUAAAUGUGAGGAUUUGACAAAGAAAUUUGGUUUUGGGUUCUCAAUUAGUAAGGAAUUUAAGCAGAGUUGCCUUUGGAGUAAGCAAUUAGCAAAAAAAGGAACAAGGUGAGUUUACACAGACUUCCCAGCCCUGAAUUCCCUGAGGCUGGUGAUAAGGGUGUCUGUCUCCCUCAGGCUCCAGGGGCAGGGAGGAGAUUCAUUCCCUGCAUUCAAGGGAAAAGGAGGGUCAGACGGUCCUUGCACCAGCUGCUUUUCAAGACUUUCAUUCCAAAUGAUCCAUAUGCCACUGAGGCAUAUUUGGGGGCAGCCAGCCCUGGGCCCCAACAGGGCUUUGACACAAGCCCUCGGCCGCCCCUCCUAGAGGCCCAGCAGUACCACUAAAAAGAGGGCAGCGUGGCAUAGAAAGGAGAGGAGACUUGUGCCCAGUCACUCAGCUACUGAGGUGAUCACCGCCCCCCCUCCCCCCCAUGCCCAUUCCAGGCUGGAGAUCCAAGGAGCAUCUGGAGAAGCUCUGUGGACAGGCAGGCAGCCCCAGAGCAGCCCUUGCCCGCUCCCUGAGGGUUUGACAAUGCAGAAGGAACAGCCACACAAGGGCCCUGAGGCAGCGAUCACUAA